AUGAACGAUCUACCACAAAUGCCUACACCUCAACAGGCAUCUUAUCAACAACAACAUCAACAUAAUCAACACUUGCAAUAUCAACAACAAAAAAAGAAUCAUCAAAAACAAAGACAACAACAACAACCACAAUCUCGUACGGCUAGUUCACAAUAUCUACCACCACCACCUCAACAACAACAACAACAGCCUUAUUAUAAUGGCCCGCCUGAUUAUUAUAGACAACAACAACAACAACCCCAAUAUGGUUCUCCUGGAAUUUAUCAACAACCUCCACCACAACAACAUAUGCAACCACCACCUCAACAACCUAUAUAUCAACAACAACAACAAUAUCAUCAGCCACCUCCACCACUACACCCACAACAACAACAACAACCACAUCAAAUAUAUCAACAACCAUCACAUCAAUCACAAUCACAACCUCAAAUAAUACCUAAACAACAUCAUCAACCACCACCGCCCCAACAACAACAACAACAACAACAUUAUCAAAGUCCACCAACUAAAAAACCACCACCAUCAUCUAAUGAAUCAUUACCAUUAACAUCCAAACAAAAAUUAGAAAUAGAAUUACGUAGUGUUUUUGAAAAAGUAGACAUUAAUAAAUCAGGUAGACUAUCAGCAAAAGAAUUAUCUUAUGCAUUAUUAAAUUUUGAUCAUACAAGAUUUCAAGAUUCUACUAUAAAAUUAAUGAUUAAUUUAUUUACAAAUAAAAAUGAUUCUUCAUCAAGUUCAUUAUCAUCAACAUCUUAUAAUUCAAAUAAAUCAUUAAAUUUCGAACAAUUUGUUUCAUUAUGGAAAUAUCUAUCAGCAUACAAGAAAUUAUUUAUUCAAGCAGAUACAAAUAAAUCCGGAGAUAUAUCAUUUGGAGAAUUUCAAAAAAUAUUGGAACAAAUAGGUUAUAAAUUAGAUAUUGAUUUAAUACUACAUUUAUUUUCAAAAUAUUCACUCAAAGAUAAUGGAGAAGUGGGGAGAUUAAAAUUUGAUUCAUUUAUUGAAUUAUUAGUAUAUUUAAGAAAAUUAACUGAUAUUUUUAAGAAAUAUGAUAAAGAUUUAUCAGGUACUGCAACUAUUGGAUUUUCUGAUUUUUUGUUUGAGAUUAGUAAUAUGAAUUAA